UACUUGUUGGAACAAAGAAACCCUCAACACAUACAUGGCAUCUCUAAAAACCCCAAAUUCAAUUCAACCCUUAAAUCCUCGAUCUCCGUCAGCUUUGUCAUGAACCCUUGAAAUCGGCCAUCUUUUUUUCUACCCCAAGUUCCCCUUUUUUUUUAUAUCUUUCUUCGUCCCAUGGCUGCUGCUGCUCUUAGAUCGAAACCUUCAUUCGAAACAGCCUCUUUAACGGUCUCUCAAUUUAGGCACUUCCUGUCAAGUUAUAUGCACUAUGGCCGCGUGGUCGCCUCCUCCAGCUUUACCAAAUGGGACGACUACUUUGUCAAUACUCCUUAUCACUUCACUUCUUUCAGACCCUUAUCGCUUCGCGCCGAUUUCCUCGGAAAGGGUUCCAGAUUAUUGGAAAUUACUAGGAAUUCUCACUCUUCGAAUAAUGAUUUCGAUAGACAAGUGAGGGGGAGAUUGAGUUAUAAUAAUUCUACGAUUUUGAGCUCUCAUGGGGACCCACCGGAGGUUUGGCAGCCUCCUGGAGAUGGGGUUGCUAUUCGGGUUAGUGGGGUGAAUUUGGGCCGUGGUGGAGGAGGAGGAGGUGGUGGAGGAGGAGGAGGGGCGACUACGGGUUCUGGAGGUGGGUUUGGACCGGAUUCGAAGGAUGAUUGUUGGGGGGGAUCUAAUUUGGGGCAUGAUUUUCCGACUCCCAAAGAGAUUUGUAAAGGAUUGGAUAAGUUUGUGAUUGGGCAAGAGAGGGCAAAGAAGGUUCUGUCUGUGGCAGUUUACAACCACUAUAUGAGAAUCUACCACGAGUCAUUACAGAAACGGCCUGCAGAAGAUUCAGGUAGCAAUAUAGCAGAUGUACUAGAAGAUGAUAAAGUGGAACUGGAGAAAAGUAACAUUCUUUUAAUGGGGCCAACAGGGUCAGGGAAAACAUUACUUGCCAAAACCUUGGCUCGCUUUGUGAAUGUUCCUUUUGUUAUUGCGGAUGCAACUACAUUGACUCAGGCAGGGUAUGUAGGUGAAGAUGUUGAAUCUAUAUUAUACAAGCUCCUUGUGGUCGCUGACUAUAAUGUUGCAGCUGCACAGCAGGGCAUUGUUUACAUAGAUGAAGUUGAUAAGAUCACUAAAAAGGCUGAGAGCCUUAAUAUUAGCAGGGAUGUUUCUGGGGAGGGUGUUCAGCAGGCAUUACUAAAGAUGCUAGAAGGAACUAUUGUUAAUGUUCCUGAAAAGGGAGCUAGAAAGCAUCCUAGAAGUGAAAAUAUUCAGAUUGACACAAAGGAUAUACUCUUUAUAUGUGGGGGUGCCUUUAUCGACAUAGAGAAAACAAUCUCAGAAAGACGUCAAGAUUCUUCCAUUGGUUUUGGAGCCCCAGUGCGUGCAAACAUGAGAGCUGGUGGUGUUACAAAUGCUGCUGUGACGUCAUCUUUAAUGGAGACUGUUGAAAGUAGUGAUCUCAUUGCAUAUGGUUUGAUACCAGAAUUUGUUGGACGAUUCCCUGUUCUUGUGAGUUUGUUGGCUCUAACUGAAGAACAACUUGUUCAGGUCCUAACAGAGCCAAAAAAUGCCCUGGGAAAGCAAUACAAAAAGAUGUUCCAAAUGAAUGGCGUCAAACUGCAUAUUACAGAAAAUGCUUUGAAAUCAAUUGCCAGAAAAGCAAUAACUAAAAAUACCGGAGCCCGAGGCUUAAGAUCUAUCUUGGAGAAUAUCUUGAUGGAUUCCAUGUAUGAGAUACCGGAUGUUAGACGCAGUGACGAUAUAAUAGAUGCAGUAGUAGUUGAUGAGGAAUCCAUUGGAAGUGGAGCGAAGAUUCUUUGCGGUAAAGGUGCAUUCGACGGUUACCUUUCGCAGCAACAAAAGUCGAAUGAGUUGAAGACAAGUGAUAAGGAGCAGGCAGAGGGUGAGGCGGAAACGGAGCUUAUUCCUUCAGUUGUUGCCAGCAUGUGAUUUUGUAACUUAAUUUGUACGUUGUACAUAAUAUUUCUAGAGAUGAUUCAUUUGACAUGACAUGACAUCCAUACACCAUUUUUAUUAAGAAAUAUAUAAUAUAUGGGGUUUUAAUUCA